CCCCUUUCGCUAUUUAUACUAGUACGUUGGCUAUGCGGACCUUACAUCUCUCUUGUUUCCCUGCAAAUUGCAAACCCUCUAAUCCUUUUUCUCCCUCUUUCUCUCUAUAGUUCGAAAAAAACUAAGCACAGUGACUUGAACAAGCUCUCCAUCGAGACAAGCUCUCCAUCGAGUUUUUUAAGGAACAAUAAAAAGCUAUUCUUCUACGUAAUAUAUACCAUGGGGAGAGUACCGUGUUGUGACAAAAAUGGGCUAAAGAAAGGACCUUGGACCCCUGAGGAGGAUCAGAAACUGAUUGAUUAUAUCCAGAAACAUGGAUAUGGAAACUGGAGAACACUUCCAAAGAAUGCUGGGCUGCAAAGGUGUGGAAAGAGUUGCCGUCUUCGUUGGACUAACUAUCUGCGACCCGAUAUCAAGAGAGGUCGAUUUUCUUUUGAAGAGGAGGAGACAAUAAUUCAGCUACAUGGUAUAUUGGGAAACAAGUGGUCUGCCAUAGCCUCUCGCUUGCCCGGAAGAACAGAUAACGAAAUAAAGAACUACUGGAACACCCACAUUAGGAAAAGACUUCUCCGAAUGGGAAUUGAUCCUGUGACUCAUAGUCCAAGACUUGAUCUUCUUGACAUCUCUUCAAUCUUAGGCUCAUCCCUCUACAACUCCUCCCAAAUGAACAUUUCAAGGCUGCUCGGGGUCCAGCCCAUGGUUAACCGCGAACUUCUCCGGUUAGCCACAUCUAUCAUAUCAUCUCAACGUCAAAAUCAGAACUUUGUUUCCCAAAAUGGUCAAGAAAAUCAGCUGUGUAAUCUCUCAGCCCAAAACCAAUAUCACCCAAUAGUCCAAGCUAGCGAAUUUCAAAGCCAAGUUCCAGAAAUGCCUACUUGCACCACAUUGACAACUCCAUUUGUUCCGUUUUCAAAUGAAACACAACUCAUGGACCCAAGCAUCACCGACUUGAGUUCUCAAGAUUCUCAACUGAAUCACCAGGAAUGGCAAAGUGAUACUGGAAUGGCUUCUAAUUUAGCAGACUAUAUGACCACUGUACCAAGUUACAACGACUAUUAUGGGUCUGAUCAAACGGCUAUUAUGGACCCAUCAUCUGAGACCACUUCAACUUUCAUUUCCAAUAACGGCAACCAACAAAAUUUCAGUUUCGCAUCAGUUUUGUCGACGCCUUCUUCGAGUUCAACACCAUUGAAUUCAAAUUCAACGUAUAUCAAUGGAAGUAGCAGCACUGAAGAUGAGAGGGAAAGCUAUUGCAGCAACAUGUUGAAAUUUGAAAUCCCAGAUAGUUUGGAUGUUAGUAACUUCAUGUAAUUUGUUCAAAAUGAAACUGAGAGAAAAGUUCUUUUUUCUUUUUGGUCCAUCCAAAUUUUCUGGGCUAUGGAUUUGGUGUGUUGGUACGUGUAAAAUCGACUAGUAAUUAAUUUAUUUUAAUUUUCUUUAGCUUA